CAGACAGUAUACAGACAGUGAGGUAUAUCAGACAGUAUACAGACAGCGAGGUAUAUCAGAUAGUAUACAGACAGCGAGGUAUAUCAGACAGUAUACAGACAGUGAGGUAUAUCAGACAGUAUACAGACAGCGAGGUAUAUCAGAUAGUAUACAGACAGCGAGGUAUAUCAGACAGUAUACAGAGUGAGGUAUAUCAGACAGUAUACAGAGAGCGAGGUAUAUCAGACGGUAUACAGACAGCGAGGUAUAUCAGACAGUAUACAGACAGCGAGGUAUAUCAGAGUAUACAGAGAGCGAGGUAUAUCAGACAGUAUACAGACAGCGAGGUAUAUCAGACAGUAUACAGACAGCGAGGUAUAUCAGACAGUAUACAGACAGCGAGGUAUAUCAGACAGUAUACAGACAGCGAGGUAUAUCAGACAGUAUAUCUGACAGCGAGGUAUAUCAGACAGUAUAUCUGACAGCAAGGUAAAGAUAAGAUAAGAUUUUCUUCAUAGCUUCACGUAACUGUCACCUGGUAUAACUAUACUGGAGUUUACCUGGUAUGGGUUUCGGGGGUCAACGCCCCCGUGGCCCGAUCUGAGACCAGGCCUCGUGGUGGAUCAGGGUCUGAUCAACCAGGCUAUUACUGCUGGCUGCAUGUACACUGAUGUAGGAACCACAGCCCGGCUGAUCAGCAAUGUAUCAGAAUGCAUAAUGACCUAACGAUGAAUACCACUGAUGAAGUUACUGAUGGCAUACACUCUGAAGAACUUCACAAACUGAGAUAUCAGUGUGCUGUCAACAAAGAAGGACAAAAGCUGCUCUGCACCAUAUUUAAUUGGUCCUACCUGGGAGGCAAUCUACCAAUCAAGGAAUAUUUAUUCACCAACAUCAAUUUCACUAAUGUAAAGUACAAGAGAAUUUUCAAUCAUGACCAACGUGAAAAACUGAAUGCUGGUAUUCAUGUCAGCAGUUUUGAUAUAACCCUUCUUUACAAACUUCUCCAUCAUGUCUGUGACCUUAAACAAAAUGAUGAAGACUGGAAUUCAGAGGGGCCAAAUGGACCAACUCUGGAAAACCUAAUAUUCAAGCUAAAGGAGCACCGGAAUGUUCUGGCUCAUGAAAAUCCACAAAUGACUGAGAAGCAGAUGUACCUGAAGCUUGAUGAACUUCGACAGCUAUACGAGAAGAUAAUCUGUGAGGCUGGAAGCCGUUUCUGCAAAACGCCCAUAGAAAUUGCCUGUAUCAUUAAUGCUAUCAAUUGCAAUAUUGAUAGCAUCUGCAAGAAGAUUCGCGAACCCCUUGGACCACAUGAUAUAAGUCAGUAUCAGCAAGAGAUCAGAGAAAUUAAAGAACAACUCAAAUGCAACAUUGAGCAAAUUACAAAAGAAGAGGUGAAAAAAUUAUAUGCUGACACUUGCUAUAUAGAUCCAGCACCAUGGUUACUGAUGCACUGCCAAAUCAAGCCAACACAGAUCUUCACCAAAUUUACUAUGAAAGAGGAUGAUGCCUAUGGCCUGACAGAAGAGGAUCAACAAAGAGAGAUUUCAUUUGAUGGCAUUUUAGAGGUCAAGUGUAAUGACGGUCAUUCUCCUGAAGUGCUGAUACUGACUGGGGAAGGUGGAAUCGGAAAAACAACUUACCUAAAGUACCUGAAAGAGAAGUGGCUCAUGGACCAAGAGGCAGUGCCAGGCCUGGAUGCAGUAGAAUUGCUGUUGUAUGUUGAAUGCCGCCAUCCUACCAUAAGCACAUUUGACCAGAUGCUGGAACACAUACUUCAUGAUAUAUCUGGAAAGGUGAAUGUGGAAUUUAAGCUCAUCAGAGAUAUAGUACUCCACAUGCAGCUACUUAUUCUCGUGGAUGGAUUCGAUGAAGUCAACAAGGCAUCUGGCUGUCUAAUACGAGAACUUUUGAAUCUUCCCCGACAUAACAUAAGGAUUAUCUUCACUACCAGACCCUACAGUGCUAAUAGUCUCACCAAGCAAAUACCAAACUCCAAAAGACGAAUAAAUUUGAUUAUGAGUGGCAUUACCCCAGUUCAUCACCAACAAUUUGUUGAGCGCCUCUGUCAUAGCUUGGAUGAAAAGAAAAGUUAUCUUAUAAGAGAUCAACUGAAAAAAAAACUGUUGGUCCUGAAGUAUCAACUUGGAAUGCAUCUGAACAACCCACUGACCCUCACACUUGUAGCACUUCUUUUUCUCAAAGACCCAACUAAAAUAGACAUGCUCUCUACUGCCACUGACCUCUAUGAAGAACUAAGAAAAUUGAUCACUGAAAAACUUACUGAAAGAUUAUCUAAAUAUUCAUUUGAAUUAGAAUUAGAAGAAAAAUGUUACCAAUUUCUGGAGUAUAGUGAUGCUCUCUCCUUCAGAGCAAUGAAGCGUCAGGAGUAUGAGUUAUGGAGUGAUACAGUAGAGAGCUUAAAGCAAAAGUGCAGAGAUAUAGGACUAAACCAUAAUGAGGUCUUAUCUGCAUAUUUCACCACUCGUUGCUCAAGACAAGGUCUCCAAACCAUUUUAUAUUACACUUACCAUCACCUGAAAUUGCAAGAAUUUUCAGUGGCUAAACACAUAUUGAAAGAAAUCACUCAGUGCAGUAACCUAGAAGAUACUGUUAAUGAGUUACUCCUUGAAUGUGAAGUCUUUAAGAAAGAGAAUAGGUUUCAGAAUGUGCUAGUUCACCUUACAAGCCUUCUUGCAAAAAAUCAUCCCAUUAUCCUUGCCAGAUAUGCAGCAACAAUUAUAAGUUUAGUGCCUCUAAAUGUAACCUAUAUUGAUUCAGUGUUAGCUCACAUUACAGAAUCCAAAUACAAUGAAUGCAUUUUGAGAGCUGUUGCAGCCAAACUUGACAUGCACAUCAGCAAUGGAAAAAGCCAGUGGCAGAUCACAGAUUAUGGCAACAUUCCAAGCCUCUCUUUAGUGUUAAAGCAUACUUGUGUGGUUCCAGACAUGAUAAUCCUAAGCAUUAGUUCUUAUGUGUUGCACCCUCUUCUAACACAAGCACUCUCCCAUCUGUCCGAGCAGAAUACAAGUUUGGUUUUGGACUUUCCCCAACAUUAUUUUGGGUCAGACAAUUCUCUUGUAGAUGAUGUGCUGUCAGUAUUGUUGAACUGUAGAGGUCCUUGCCGAAUGAUGGGUUUCCGUGGCCCCCUCUCACCAGUGGCAGUAAAGAUGCUUCCUGAGUGUGUAGAGGAACUCCGCUUGCUGAUUGACCCUGCUGGUCUCAAUGCCCUCAACAAACAACUGCCCAGCCUCUGUCAGCUCAACACUUUAGGAGUGAGGUACAAGGAUGAAGAUCGGACUGAUGUAAACAAACUCCCGGUACUCAAAUUUUCAGGACCUAAUCUGUACUUCACCUUUAACCCAACCAUCACAGAUAAUGAUGAAGACUUGGACUGGGCUUCUGGAGUAUUUGCUAAACUCUGCGCUGGCAGAGAUAAUGGGACCUGCACAAGUAUUCUGUUCAGAAAAACAUACCUUACAGCCUGUGGAGUGGAGAAACUCCUCAGUGUUCUUCAUAAGAAAGGAGUGAGGGUAACUGAGAACUUGCACAUCUAUUCAUCACAUAUUCUUUCUCCAGACAGUGACAAUAAACUCAAGAAUCUUGCCCACACUCUUAAUCUUAGUGAAGUCUGCUGGCAUCAGAGCUCAUGGAGGAAAGAAACUCCUCAAGGCUCUUCACAAGAAGACAGUGAGGGUGACAACUCGUUUGGACAUUUAUACACUGCAUGCCAUUACUAGAGAGAGUAACAAAGAACUCGAAGAACUUGCCGUAACGCUUAAUCUAAGUCCACUCUUCUUACACUCUAGGAAUACAGGAGUAGUGAACUGAGUGCACUGUUCUACUUUAGUGAUUGUAAUGUAUUGUUUCUGUUAAAGUAUUUUAAAUUACUCAGCCAUUUACUGUACUUGGGCUUAAUUUUUUUUCUUUACUGUACCAUAUUGGAUUAUUAAAAUCAAGGGAGAAAGGCUGAACUCAGUGGGUUCACAGAGCAUCCAGGAAAUGGAAGAUAAUCAAAUUGGAUUAGAGGAAGGGUAGCUUCAAUUCCUUGGAUCAAGAUCACUUUUCCAGUCUUUAAACACUGCUGUAAAUUAUUAUAAUGGGAAAGUGCUAAGCCUCCAGGGCUUGUAUAGUGCUGGGAACUAUUAUAUAGUUUGUGUGUAAUGUCAAGGGUGAGUGUGCCACAGUAGCAGAGUACCUGAUUAGCAGUCUGUGAAUUAUAUUGUGCACUACAGGCAGCCAGCAAUAAUAGCCUGGUUGAUCGGGCCCUGAUGAAGGAGUGGGCCACAGGGGUGACAACUCCCAGAACACCUUCUGGGUAAAGAACUGUGUACCACUAACAUGUCCUGCCUCUUGUGAGACGAAGUGUUUGAGCCAUUACACUUUAUAUGUAUUAAUAUUUUAAUGUUUAUGUAAAAAAUUGCUGUUUUUUAGUCUGAAGAUUAUAUGAUUAUUAAACAAUCUCUAAUUGUAAAUAAAUUUUAUUGUUCAA